AUGCCUUCCGGCCCGAAACAGCGCAAGGUCGCCGUCGUUGGCAGUCGAGCCGUCGGAAAGUCUUCACUCACAGUACGCUUUGUCGACGGCGUGUUUGUCGAUAGCUACUAUCCCACCAUUGAGAAUACCUUCUCCAAAUUGAUAAAAUUCAAACAACAAGAGUAUAUGACCGAAAUCGUCGAUACCGCCGGGCAAGACGAAUACUCCAUCCUCAAUUCGAAACACUUUAUCGGUAUACAUGGCUACAUGCUCGUUUACAGCGUGGCAUCUCUUGCGAGUUUCGAGAUGGUGCAGGUGAUCCGGGAUAAGAUCCUGAAUCACCUCGGGACGGAGAGUGUGCCAAUCGUCAUUGUAGGCAACAAGAGCGAUCUGCGUCCGGAGCAGCGCCAGGUCAGUGCCGAAGAAGGAAGGAAGCUGGGGGAGAAGCUGGGCUGUGGCUGGACGGAGGCGAGUGCGGCGUACGAUACCAAUGUGAGCAAAGCGUUCGAGUUGAUCAUCGGACAGAUUGAGGGUAGCCAGGCGCCAGGGGAGCAGCCGGCGAAGAGCAAUUGCGUACUGAUGUAA